GGAGGGAAUGAACAAUGCCUUUAAAGUGGCAUUAAUUACCAGGGGAAGAUGGAAGUUGUGGCAAACCAGAUGCUGGAGAGCUGGACAUUGUUCCUCUGUGUGUGUGGAAGUCCCAUCUGAGACAGAGGCUGUCCAAGGCACAGACAUGAAGCUGCUCUGCAUCUCCUGCAUGAAGAGGGAAGAGGUGACGGCCAGCACGGUGGUGGAAUGGUUCUACAAGCCCGAGGGGGGAAAGGAUGAGCCUAUCUACGAGCACAGAAAGUCAAUCCACGAGUUCCCAAGCCGCUUCAGUGGGCGGAUACAGUGGAAUGGGAGCAAAGACAUGCAGGACGUGUCCAUCACCGUGCUGAACGUGACCCUGAACGACUCGGGCGUCUACACCUGCAACAUCACCCGCGAGUUCGAGUUCGAGAUCCACCGGCCCCUCUUCCAGAGCUCCAGGAAGAUCCACCUCACCGUGGUGGAGGAGGCUGGAGAAGACUUCACCUCUGUCAUCUCAGAAAUUAUGAUGUACAUUCUGCUGGUCUUCCUCACGCUCUGGCUGCUGAUUGAAAUGGUCUAUUGCUACAGGAAGGUCUCCAAGGCAGAGGAGGCUGCCCAGGAAAACGCGACAGACUACCUGGCGAUUCCGUCGGAAAACAAGGAGAACUGUGCAGUGCCUGUGGAGGAGUAGCAGGGAGGAGGCAGCGGCACCAAGGGCUCUGAAUCCAGAAGGACCAUGCCACACCAGCCAGGUUUGAGGGGGAGCUCUGCGCUGUUGGGAGGAACACAGGGAAGUGUAAAUGCUCUUCCAUUUGCCUUGGACUCUGUACAGCCUUGACUCUGGUCCUGUGACCCCUCUGAGCUGCCAGCCCGGUGCUGAAGGACUCCUCUGUGGAAGCAUGCUGAGCAAACAGCACAGGGGCGUGGGCAGCACGGCUCCUUCCCGAGUUCCAGUUCCAUCAGCACCUCAAUGGCUUUGUAAAUGCUACCUGUCACUUCUUAGCUGCUCUCACCACCACCUUUAUUUGCUAAAUAUGCUGCUUCUCCAUUGCAGAGGUUAGGGGUACGUGUGGCACACUGCUCUGAGCUGCAGGACUGUGAGCAAGGCUCUCUUAGAGGGUUAUUCCACCACAUGCUGUGGCCCAAGCAGUUUUCUUGGUGUUAAAAGAGGAAGUUUUUAAUUAGUUAAUGAAGUCACUCAGAAAUUUAGGCUGUCCAUGCACAAGCUGAGUAGGGUGAGGACUGUAAUGCACUAAAAUUAGAAAUGUAUAGUAGGAAGGACAGGUCCCUGUGCCACGUUCACACUUUCUUCUGGAGGGAAUUGAGAAUACAGAUCCUGAAGUAUUCUUGCUUUGGGAAGCAGGAUGAUGUAAUUAUAAGAAUCCCCUGUGUCCCUCUCAUUUAUCAAGUGUCAAAAUCCUCAUCCCCUUCCACCUGCCUGGCACAGCAGGUUUGCUCCUGGAGUUCACAGUGGGAGGAGGAACCUGCAGAGCCAAGUCCUGCAACAGCUGGCAAGGCAGCAGGACAAGGCACAGGAUCCACCUUUUCCUGGGAAACCCCAAAAAACAAGGCAGCCUCAUGCUGGUAGGCAGGAGAAAUAAGUAAGAUGUAAAGCCCUCACAGGAUGGCAGCUUAAUAAAAUGGUUGUAGUUUUAUAACUGGGAUGGUUCUCUGCUGCUGUAGCAGCACCAUCUAGAGGGACAGACAGAAAACACUCACUUUUCCCAGUUAAUCCUAAUUCUCUCUUGAGGUAAUUAAUCACCAGUAUAAAUAGUCUGAAUUCACCCGAAAUGAUCCUCUGCUGUCCAGGAAUCACCCUGGAAAUUCCACCUUUCCUAUGCAAACUUACCUUUUCUGAGGGUUAAGCAGAGUUAAAAUUGUUUUCUGCCCUUCAAUGCAGAUCAGUUGAGAUCAACAAGCCAGGAUUGGAAGGGGGGAAAAGGCAGGAACAUUGGCCAGGGUGGAAUUGUGCUGUAAAACCAGGUGGGGAAGGUUUGGGUUUGUUGUGUGGCAAAGUUGUGACAUCCCUGCUGCAAUGGAGCCUGUGCUGCUUUGCCAGAGCUGCAAGUUGUGCUCCACUGACCUCUGUGUAAGUAAUUCCCAAGUGCUUGUGACUCCAGGCAUGCUCCCACCCACGGAUCCCCUCUGCUUUGUUCUGCUGCUCUUUAUGUGCUCGCUAAAAUCACAGAAAUUACCCCAUUUGGAAGUCAGGCCCAGGCCAGAUUUCCACCUGGCACUUGCUCAAAACCCUUUUUUUAGAGUGGGUGUCAACUUUAGGAAACUACUCCAGUGCAGGCUUGGUAGUAGGAUUGCUCCCAAAUGCAGAGCCAAGCCUGGCAAGGGGAGGACAUUUUCCAGAUAAAGCACACUCAUAGUCUGGGCACCAGCUCCCAAAAUCCUGAUAUCCAAAAGGGAUAUCCAAAGGAAUAUCCAAGCAGCUCCUCUUUGAAUUCAGCUGGAUGUCAUCUUUUUCCCUAUCCCACUUUGCCUGGCAGAAUCCUGAACUCAACAAGGGACUGGGUUGUACUCUGGAGUUUCCAGCACUGCCCAAGGCAUUGAGCCCAUGGUGAAUUUUAGGACACCUCUCUCCCACUCCAGCUCUGCUCCUCAGUCCCUGUGAACCACGGAUAACCCUCUGGUGUCACACUGUUAAAUCAAAAAGGAGUGAACCCUUGAAGAACUUCUUGAGAGCUACCUCAGGUGGUAAAGAAGGGCCAUCUCCUCGUCCUGCACCUCCCUGUAUCCCACAGGCACCUUCUGCAGAUGCUCUUUUUUUGGACAAAUCUUUCACUUUUCCAGUUCCUGCAGGCAGAGGUGACCACUGCCACGUGGUGUUCCAAGCAGGAGGAAGCAGCGUGCAAAGUUCUGCUCAAGAAUCUUGCAGGGGAAAAAAAAGAAUAAUAAUUUAAAAACUGUGGUGAUUUUUCAAGACCUGGAAGAGAUGGUCCUGGCAAAGACUCUGUGUGUGUUUGGAAUGAGAGAGGAGACUCUGGAUUAGGCAGGAUAAUAAAAAGAACAAAGAGCCACGCUAGUUGUUGGAUAGAUUUUUUAAUUGAUACCGUACUUCCAUGGUACUAACUACUUACAGGGAGUUUGGCUGCAGAGCCUGUACAAUUCCUACAUCCCAGCAUGUUCCAGUAUCAUUUUUUAACCAUGGGUUGAGUUUUUUUGUUUUUGUUUUUUUUUGCGCACAGCGCAAAGUUUCUGACAGUCGGGACAACUCCUAAAACAAACCCACAAUCCUUCCCCCACCCACCCCAGAGUCACCUCAGCCAUCAGUCCCCUGCUUCCCGGGCUCUGGAGGGGAUUUCUGUGGUUGUAGAAGCUGCUGCUGUGCUGAGGAGGGCAGAGCCUCGCUCGGCAUCAGCUGUGCACAGGAAUUGCAGGAUCCAGGCGGGGAGAACACGCCCCAGGGUUUAGCAGCUCCCUCCAGCCCUGGAGCACGUGGUGGGAGAUGCAAUCCCCCAGGAAUGGUGAUGUCUCAGAGGUGCCACGGGAGGCUGUGAUACUGCCACUGCUCUGCUGCUCUUUCCUCUCUCCACACCCAGUGGAGCUCCAUCCAUCCAUCCCUGCUCUCCAAGGGCCAUUUCCCAGCAGGUGGGAGUGUGGAGAUGGGGGUGUGUGGAGCUGUGCGUGGCACAGGCUGCACCUCCCUGCUGGAUGGAGCUGGAACAGCUGCUCUCCCAAAUCCUAAUGGAUAAGUGGCUCCAGAACCUGGGGUUUGUUCCCUCCCUACUCUCGGGGUUUGGGGCAGGGAAGGUGGCCUUGAACGUUAGCAAUGGAAUUGGCCUAAAUGAGUGAGGUAACAGAAACGGCCAGAGGAGGAACCUCCCCGAGCCAUGUGCAAAUAUAAUUCCUUCAGCAGAAGGAAGUCCUUUUCCCUACUGAAAAAUAAAAUAAAAUAAAAUAAAAUAAAACACAUUCACUUGAAGAGCAUACAGACUGCAGGAGGGGAAGGCAGGCAGGGACAGCACCAGGUCAGAGCAUCUAUGACACAGGUAAUGAUUGUCCAGCAGCAGAAGUGGGAGGGGACAGGGAAAAGC